UUAUCCCCAACUGCAGGAUGCCAAAACUUCCACGAAGUUGUUACAGAGGGAUGUUUGUCACAGGAUGACUGGACUCUGGCACUGUGAAUAGUUCAUUGAGCUUGCUGUUAGCUGCAAAUUCAGGUUGGCGUUGGACUAGAAACCACACCAGUAGCAGAAUCAAACACAUCUUACAAAAUGUCAAAAGCAAGGUACCCAAUUUACCUCCUAGGCAACCCACAGAACAGGGUUUUCUUCACAGAUUUCUGCAUGAAGCUUGUCAAGAAUAAGAAGCCUCAACCACCUAAUGUUGUUACAUUCGAGUGUGACAUUCAGAUGACAAAGUUUGACAUCAAGAACUAUCUUGAGAAUGUCUAUAAGGUUCCUGUGGCCAGGGUUAAUACGAGUGUGAUCUACGUACCAUUCAAGAGAAAUCAUAGAAACGAGAGGGUCAAACUCAGAGAGGAUUAUAAGCUAGCUUAUGUGACAUUGGCGGAGGGCCAGACGUUUGAGUUCCCAGAGCUCUUUCCAGACACAGAGGAGAAGAAGAAUGAAGAGAUGGCGGAGGAGCUGAAGGAGAAGGAGAAGAAGGCUGCAAAACUAUUUGCAGCAAGAGGAGGGGUUCCCAGCUGGUUCGGCUUAUGAUAGAUAGAACGUGUGAUGAUAGAACAAUAAUACAGGCAGGAAAAUAGUUGUGAUUGACAGAACAAGUGAUAAUGGACAUAUAAGUGCCAUUGUGGAGAUGAAUUUUAUUGUUAUAUUGAACCAUGUGCAACUAGGAGGAAGAUCACUACCAAGGACUGGACUACCUGCUGCUGUGAACAAUGGUUAUGUGAUUUUCAAUGCAAUUUACUGUCAUCUUGAAGGAGGGUUGAAGGGUCAGGUUUCCAUAGUCUGUGGCUCUCAUUGCAGAAGACUGUUGCUGACUUCACAUACUUCAUUACAUGGACAAAGAUCAUGAUUAUCAUUGAGUAUUAGCUGUUGUCAAACGCAGCAUCAAACAGCUUUGUUAUUUUGAAUAAAGGGAUGUGGAAAUAUUGAA